AUGGUUCCUCAGCCUUUGCUGCCGAAAUGCGUCUUUUUCCCGCUCGGAGGAACGACUCGUUCAUCGGUACGGAGAGUGGACACGGUAUUUGCUCUGGUCCACAGUCGCGCGGACAGGUCGCACGAUGAUAGGGAGGGCAGUCCGUCGUCGUAUUUACAGUGGUAG